UACUGACGUCAACAUAAGGAACUAAACAUGGCCGACAGUGAGUGAGGAGUGGUAAAAGUUAGCGAAACGCGUUAGGAAAAUCUGCAGACCUACUCGUCUCGGACGCAGGUAUUACAACUUUGUGGCGUUGAAGACCUGUGUUUUAUGUAUAAGGCUAAAUUCCAUACAUCAAUUCGCAGUCUAAGUGGACUUUGUUCGUGUGAAGGCUGUAGUAAACUGGGCGUUAGCCACGUUAGCAGCUGAGCCAGCUAAACCGCCUGCUGUAUUGUUUUGUCAGGUCAUGUGCGCUUAAGAGAUAACUACCUGGAGCUUUUGCACAUUUUCGCGCUGUUUUCUGUAAAGUACAGUCUUCUGAAAUUAACUGUGCGACUGUGUAGUUGGACUCCAGAGCUUUUUUAAUCUCCCGAGGGGAGUCCAGUCCGUCUCGGUGUGUGUGAAGUGCUGUUCAGCGAAUCCAUCCUUACUUAAGAAAACAGACACACAGUCGCUGUUUGGACUGCGUCUGUUUAUGAACAGUACCGCCUGGAAAUAUGGAUCCAAAACGCGCACACGACAAACCUCCAACCAGGGGCGGCAGCAAUAGCGACUCCAACAGCGGCAGCCCCGCGUCCCCCUCCGGCAGCCCCGCGGCAGCGUCCAAAGCCCCGGUGUCCGGCGGCAACGUGUUCGCUAACGAUGGCAGCUUCAUGGAGAUGUUCAAGAAGAAGAUGGAGGAGGAGAAGAGGAAAAAGGAGACACAGCAAACAGGUGGAGACGCGAGAACCACCGAGCAAGGACAGACAUCAGUGGAAAAGAAGCCCCCUCCCGUGACGAGCUUUGUAAGGGGUUUGGCAGUUGUGGGGAAGCGCAGAGGUGGUGUGUUCCUAAAGACCGGUAUGGUUGCCAAGAAGCAGAAACAGGACACAGAAGCUGAGCCUGGCAAGAGCGAUGCUUGGUCAAAGUACAUGGCUGAAGUGAAAAAGUAUAAAGCCCAUCAGUGUGGUGACGAUGAUAAGACGAGGCCUCUGGUGAAGUAAGCUUCAGAAGAUGAACACGACUAGUAUAUCAAGGGGAAGACCACCUGGGAGAGUCUGUGAGGACCAGCCAAUCCCAACCUCCUUGUACUGCCAGUCCAAGUUACCAUUCACUUUUUUUCCACAAACUGCUAAGAUUGACAAUUGUUUUUUCCUUUUUUGUAUUGUUUGUCUCAUUUGUUAAUUUGUUGGACUCUGAUCCUGCUUCAGGGUGUUGGCAUACCUUAAGUGAUCAUUACUGAUAAAUCUUUUGAAAGUUGUCUUUUAGGUUUUGCUAAUGUUUUUGAGUCUGAUUUAAUAGCAAACUCAAGGUUUCAAUUAAAUCUACACUGCCUAUUUA